UGACGUAGCGGAAGGGCUCGUCCUCCUCGCAUGUGAUGAGUGGGUGUGUGUUGUCUCUUCCUCUCAGCUCUCAUUCAGUGCGUCGUUUUAUUAAAGUUGUAAGAUGGCGACGGUGCAUCUGCGGAUCGGAGACCUGGUGUGGGGGAAGCUUGGUCGUUACCCACCAUGGCCAGGGAAGGUUGUAAGCCCUCCCAAGGACUUGAAGAAGCCCAGGGGCAAAAAAUGCCAUUUUGUGAAAUUCUUUGGAACUGAAGACCAUGCCUGGAUCAAAGUAGAACAGCUGAAGCCCUAUCAUGCCCACAAAGAAGAGAUGAUCAAGAUAAAUAAAGGAAAGCGUUUCCAGCAGGCGGUCGAUGCAGUGGAAGACUUCCUAAAGAAAGCAAAGGGGAAAGAACAGAACUCAGACAGCAAAGGAGACUCAAAAGGAAAGAAGACCCCCAACAAGCCACUGAAAAUACUGGAGGAGGAUGAUGAGGAUCUCAGUGCCCUGAAGGACCCCUCUGAGAAGGACUUAACUGACUCUGACCCCGAGCCGUCCACUCUUGAGAGGCUGGGGGCUGGACCUGGCUCAGGAUUCAAAUGGGAAAGCAGUCCUGUGAAGGACGACCCACAUUUUCAUCACUUCCUCCUCAGCCAGUCUGAGAAGCCAGCCUCAUCAAUGGAACCCAUUAGCAAGCGUCUGAAGAUCAUUGAAGAGGACACAAGUUCAACAUCUAUCCAAGCAGCAGACAGCACAGCCAUCAAUGGCAGCAUCACACCCACCGAUAAAAGGAUAGGGUUCCUGGGUCUGGGGCUGAUGGGUAGCGGCAUAGUUUCCAACCUGUUGAAAAUGGGUCAUGUUGUCACCGUGUGGAACCGCACAGCAGAAAAGUGUGACCUGUUCAUCCAGGAGGGUGCCAGGUUAGGCCGGACUCCUGCAGAGGUGGCCUCCAUGUGUGAUAUCACUUUCUCCUGUGUCUCUGACCCAAAGGCUGCCAGGGAUUUGGUGAUGGGACCCAGUGGAGUGCUGCAGGGAAUCAGACCAGGCAAAUGCUACGUAGAGAUGUCCACUGUAGACCCAGAGACCAUCACAGAACUCUCACAGGUGAUCACAUCGCGGGGCGGCCGUUUCCUGGAGGCUCCAGUGGCGGGAAGCCAGCAGCUCUCCAACGAUGGGAUGCUGGUCAUCCUUUCAGCUGGUGACAGAACAGUCUACGAGGAUUGCAGCAGCUGCUUCCAGGCCAUGGGCAAGACCUCGUUCUUCCUGGGUGAAGCAGGAAAUGCAGCGAGGAUGAUGCUGAUCCUCAACAUGGUGCAGGGAAGCUUCAUGGCUACUAUUGCAGAGGGGCUGACCCUGGCCCAGGCCACAGGCCAAUCACAGCAGACCUUCCUGGACAUCCUGUGCCAGGGCCAGAUGGCAAGCACCUUUGUGGACCAGAAAUGCCAAAAUAUUUUACAGGGCAACUUUAAGCCAGACUACUAUUUGAAACAUAUUCAGAAGGACCUGAGGCUAGCCAUCUCCAUGGGCGACAUGGCCAACCAUCCAACCCCAAUGGCUGCAGCUGCCAAUGAGGUUUACAAGAGGGCUAAGGCACUGGACCAGUCAGACAAUGAUAUCUCUGCAGUGUACAGAGCCUACAUUCACUAGAGCGAGAGGUGUGACCUAUCCUCUGGACCAUCCAGUCUUUAAUCCCUUUCUUAAUUCUCCCUUUGACAUGUAAUGAGCUUUUUUUUUUUUAAUUUUAUUUUAAAUUCUAGUUGUUUUUAUUUCAUUUUGCCACAGCGCCAGCCAUGUUAGUUGCCCACAAAGUCAUGGGAUUGUUCUUCUUUUGUUAGAGGCAACCUUGAGCAUUGCACUGGCUGUAAGGGUGCUCCAGAUGAGGUUGUACUGCUGCAGUUUGUCUGGUUUCAGUAACGCAGGGCGAGGAUGUGGGGGUCCAGUGCCUGCCACUGUGAAGAGCAGGGUGUCCGGCUCCAGCCAGAGAAAAAUGCUGUCAGGUUUUUGUGGAUGCAUAAACCCUAAAAGAAGAUUUAUUUGUUGUUGUUCAUGUGUUCAAAUGAUGAGUAUAUUUAAAUUGUGUGAUUUUUUUUGUUUUGCUUUUCUUUUAAAUUGUCCAGAAUUCCAUGAGAAAAAAAAACACCAAGAACAUGCCACUGCAUUGCCUUAAUAUUGUAACCCCCCUCGAGUCUUUUCAACAAUAGUAUUUAUUUAUGUUUCUUUCUAGGUCUUCUUUGGUGCAGUUUUGGCCAUGGCUUGUUUCUUUAUUUGAUUAAGAUGAUUUAUGCUUUUACGUUGGUGUUGAUGCUUUUUUUUCUUUUCUUGAAUAGGUUAAGGACAGAGCAACAGAUGUGUUGAGGCCUUAAAAUGCAGUAAUUGAUAUUUCUCAUCAAGGCUUGAGAUUUCCACAUUUGAAAACCCCUUCAUUCUUGUGUUUGGGAGAGUUCUCAUUUACACUGUGUUUUUCUUUUUAAUAUAUUACUCUGAAACACUUUUUGAGUUCCAUUUUAAACUGAACCGUUGUAGAUAAGCCCCGACAUCAAUCGUGUUUUUAUCCGGUAGUUAGAGAUAAACGUUGUGGCUGGAUAAUGAAAGCCAGUUUUAGACCAUCACGGGACACAAAGUACACGAUUAGAAACCAAGCUAAUGAAACCAUUUCCUGUGGGGUUAGUGGUUGGAGAGUUUUUUAUCACUUUCAAACACUGAAACUUAAACUGUAGAAUAAAUACAACGUCUCCAGCUCCACAGUCAGUAGCUGAUGUUACAUCAGUCUAACCCCGUUACAAGACGAGCGCGAUCUGGACUACGUAGUAGAGGUCUUCACAAGUUCUCUUAGUAAACGAGACCUGAUUGGGGUCUGAAAGCUGACUGAUAAAUGGACCGCUAUAAGCUCAUGACAGUCAUUAUAUAUGUCAGCUGAUAAUUAACAAGAAAUGUCAGUACAGAAAACAAAUAUUAAAGACCAAAGAUAUAUUUGAGGUCAUAUAGAAAUACUGUCCACAUUACAUAGUUUGUCCAUCAGAGAGCACCGACACUGAUAUGCAUUUUGUUAAAAAAGACGAUCUUAGCAGAAAUUUUCUAAUCACAUUUUUUUUAACUGUCAAGUGUUUGUAUCUGCCUCAAAUAUUCCAUAUCGGGUCGGGCUCUACUUGGGUCCAAAUUAUAAUUUCGGUGGACCAGUUCUGUCACUGCAGAUCUCAGGUCUGUUUGUCAGUAUGUCUAAUGCCUGAGUGGAUCCGAACGGACUGUUAUCACUUCUAAUAUAUAUAUAUCAUAAUGAGGUUUCUUUUUGAAAAUGAAUUUCUUAAAGUUAGGGUGGGUUUUCUAUUUGGGAAUAGAAUUUCAGACCUGUGAAGACCUCUACUACGUAGUCUUAUGCAAGUAUGCAGAUGACAAUGUCCAAUAUACGCAAAAGAAACCUGGCACGGCUGUGUAUACUCAACCAGAGGUGUUGUAAAACCUGAGAAGGUGAAACAGCUGAGUUCUGAUAGAAGACAAGAUGGCUUUAAUCUGUCGGUGACUGUCGGAGUGCUCUUCUUUCCACCGCUAAAAAUCCGAUCCACCACACUGUGUGAUAUAUCAUAGCUUAAGGCAUCGGUGUUCGCAUAUUGCUGAGUAAGUUUUGGGGUUUAUGCCGUGUUGAUUUUCUGUCCGAUUUGACCAAACAACUCCACGGUGCAGGACGGAUGUGGGUAAUAUUCUGUCCCUCACGGUGUCAGGAAGUAAGUGCAGAAAUGGGUGAAUCAAGAUGGCAAAUUAUGUCCUCGUAAGAAGUAGUCGACCCUACCGUCAAACAUCUGGGAUGUGACUUUGAGUGAUUCAUACACGUGGACGCUGUAGCAGCCAGCCCUGCUGUUCUUCAGCUAUAACCCAUACAGUAUGACAUGAAGACACAGAAAACAGGAGAGUGUGCACCAUCACAAAUUGUCAUCGCUUACUUGCAGGAAAAAAAAAAAUACCCCAUGGUGUUUAGUUUCUUUCAGACCCAUGGUUUUUAUCCGUUUAAACUGUAUAUGCAUGAGUUUCUCAUAAUACAUUUGUUUCAUGUAAAGACUCCCAACGUCCCCAUUUUGAAAGGAUUUCCGUUUGCCAAACAAACAAUAAAGGUUUUUGAUUUCAGUGACCCUCACACACUCGAGUGUGUAAAAGAGACGUUUUUAGAAGGCAGAUGUAAAUACAGUAGCACAUUUAGCUUGCGUAGGGUUUCUUUUUUUAUCUACAAUAACCGGGAUUAAUGACAACUACUACUACUUUUGUUUUUUGACUCUACAGAGCGACUAUCUAACAUCUGUGUCUUAAUACUGUAGAAUGUUCAGUUCAAGUGUAAAUGGUUUAUUAAUAUGUGGUUUAUAUAAUCUGGCUUAUCGCAUUGAAAUAACAAUGACUAUGAUCCCGUUAAAGGAAGGAGGGUGUAACUUUGAUUUUGGGGGGAUAUUUAUGAUUUUAUGUACAUGUGGAAGUAUCAAGACUUUUGUGCUGUUUAAUAAAUCCUCUCCUGAUUACUGA